AUGCAGCCUGAUGCAAAGCUGACAGUGCGAAGGAACUUUUUUCCCCCCUCUCUUUUACCUCAGCUUGACUUCACUGACUUUGUCUUGGAGGAGUCUGAAGGGUGUCAGUAUGACUCUCUGUCUGUUUUCGGAGACUUUGAAGCCAGAGAACAAAUUGUGGUUUUGUGUGGUCAGAGCAUUCCUCCCGCGGUGCUGAGUUUUGGCAGGGUGAUGGUUGUGCACUUCGUGACAGAUAGCAGCGUGUCUGCCCGCGGCUUCAGUGCUAAUCUCUCGGCCAUCAGCAAAAAGGACCUUCAACACGGCGAGCAUGAAGACCUGGAUGAUGAAGAAAACCCUGACUAAGACCUCCUUCCUCUGUAGUUAGAUAUUACUGCUGUAAUGUACAUGUGACGAAAUAAAGUCUUCUUCUUCUUUUUCUUCUUCUUCUGUUA